AUGUUUGCUAACCAUAUGACAAACGUGUUCCAACCUUUCCGUGCAGGACUUGCAGGGGAAGAAGGAAACGGGAUAAUGGAAUUUCUGGGGUCUCCAUACCAAAUGUCACUUCCCAUUGCUCAAUUUAAUGUGAGGCAGGUUAAGCUAGCUAUACUAGAGUUAAAGCUAAAAAAGCGCCAGGAUAUGAUUACAGCAGAGGUCUUGAGGCAGCUCCCCAGUAUCGGCAUUAGGGUAAUAUCGCUUAUCUUCAACGCAAUCCUGAGACUCGGUAUAUUUCCAUCACUGUGGAAGGUAGCCCAAAUCAUACUCAUCGCCAAACGUGGAAAACCAACACUGAAGCCCUGGCUGUUGGAUAGUCAUCUCAUUCAAGAACACCAGUUCGGAUUUCGUGAACGACAUGGCACUGCCGCUUUCCUCGAUAUCUCACAGGCGUUCGACCGAGUAUGGCAUGGAGGAUUGCUAUAUAAAAUUAAAAAGUGUUUCCCACAUGAAUAUUACGUCAUAUUCAAACCGUACUUGACUGGGAGGUACUUCCAGGUCAAGCACAAGGACGAAGUGACCUCGCUUCGCCCAAUCCUCUCUGGUGUCCCGCAGGGAAGUGUUUCUGGACAUUUACUUUAUUUGAUCUUCACGGCUGUUCUAGCAUCCCACCAAAACCGAACUACGGCCUCACAGAUAAUCCAAAGCAUAGAACAUUGGUUCAGAAAGUGGAGAAUUAGCGCUAAUGAAACAAAGUCGGUGAAUGUAACGUACACAAUGCGUCGACAAACUUGUCCACUCGUUACACUGAAUGGCAGUGCCCUACCACCGGCUGAUGAGGCUAAGUAUCUUGGCAUGCACCUGGAUCGUCGACUCACCUGGAAAAAGCAUAUUACGACAAAAAGAAAACAGCUGGGACUGACAGUAAAAAAUUUGCAUUGGCUGAUGGGUAGAUACUCAUCCAUCUCAUUUCAUCCAUCUAAAACAAAGUUUUAA